AUGCUCUCACUGUCGAUCUACUUCUCACUCGUUGCCCUUACCUGGGCUUUUUCCACUUCCAAUGAGACGUCUCCUUUCUCUGAAGACCAACUAGAGGAGUUUGAGCCAAAGGGAGGAGAUGUGCCUCCAUGGACUCAAGCCCAGCAAGGAGUGCUUGAUGCACAACUGCCUGAAUUUUCCACAGUUCCGCCGGGAGUUAGGAUGCUAGAUACCAAUCCAGCUCAGAUUCAGCUAGGUGUGGUAGCGCCGAAUGCACAGGUUCCUAUCGCUCGAGUUUCGCCGGGAGUGCGGGGACCAAACAUGUCUCCAUUCGACCCUGGCCCGAUUCCUCUGGAGCAACUGCGUCAAAUCUUUUUGAAAGGCGGGAAUGCCUCAGUUGCUUUCAUUGUCUAUACUUAUGUCAAUCUGCUGAACAAGGGAAGUAUCGGCGGGCAGACUUCUCUAUCUGAUCAACCUCCUCCUACUACAUGGUCACAAGUUCCUGGAACAAUGAACAGAAACGUAUAUCCUCCAUAUCAGAAUCCGCAGCUUCAACCCUCUGGAACCAUAAACGGAAAUGUAUAUCCUCCUAAUCAAAAUCCAUCGCAGCCAUUUCCUCAAAAAAGGAACGGAGGUGGAUAUCCUCCGAAUCGAAACACGUGGUCUCAGUCGCCUCAAGCAACAAACCUAGGUGGACGUGGAUAUUCUUCGUAUCAUAACCGUACCCUAUAUGGCAACAGCCCCCUCAGACAGUAA